AUGUUGUUCGCAAAGUCCGCCUUCCUUUUGUCCUUGUUCGCUCUCAGCAACAUCGCCGUUGCUGCCGAUUCCUCCGCCUGUCUCCUUUCCGCCCUAGGCUCGGAGAAAAGUCCCGGUGACUUGAAGGCCGUCUGCGUCGACAGAGUGCAGAAGAAGAUCGCGGAUGCCUGCAGUGGUGAUGAUAAGGAGGAUGCUCUGAAGCAAUUCGCCGACACUUGCUCUUCCGCGGGCCACAAAGUUGUCAUCAACUCCUCGUCAUCUUCCGCAGACUCCUCUACCGGAACUGCUACCGGAACUUCGACUGGCAGCUCCAAGUCCACCAAGACCGCGACGACCGGAACUGGGUUUGUGACUGCUUCUGCAACGAGCACUUCUGGCUCUAGCUCUGGCUCUGGCUCGGGAUCUAGCUCCAACGCCGAGUCCAGCCCCAGCUCGACUUCCGAAGAAACUCCUCUUCAGACCAACUCCGCUGGCUCGUCCGAUAAGCAUGUUUCUGCCGCUGCGUUUGCUGCUGUGGUUUUUGUCGGAUUCGCUGCCACCCUGUAA